UUCCCGGCCAGUCGCAGACAGCAUGCGCACCUGUGAGGCAGUUGUUACCGCGGCGCUCGUGGCGGUGUUCGCGCUGGCCUUGGCCGCCGCUGAAGACGCGCCGGAGUAUCCACCUCCGGACGUGUACAGCCUCCACGUGGUGAGCCACGUGCGGAACCGGUACGCCAAGACUGUGGUGACCAGCAGGGUGGCCAACACCGCCAACGUGUCCAGAGAAAUCAGCUUCGACGCCGUCCUGCCGGAGACUGCCUUCAUAUCGGGAUUCGUCAUAGAGAUGGACGGCAAGGCGUACGAGGCGUACGUGAAGGGGAAGGAGGAGGCGCGAGACGAGUACCAGCAGGCCGUCCAGGCCGGGCAGGGCGCCGCGCACGUGCAGCUCAGUGCAAGAGAUUCAAACGUGGUGUCUGUGUCGGUGAACGUGGAGGCGCAGAAGAAGGUAACCUUCAACCUGACGUACGAGGAGCUGCUGCAGAGGGAGCUGGGUGCCUACCACUUGCGCAUCAACCUCAAUCCCGGACAGAUCGUGAACGAUUUAUCGGUGGAGGUGCACAUCAACGAGACGAGCGACAUCAUCCUUCUUGAAGUCCCCAGUCUGCAGCAAAGCAACGACGUCUCAGACGAAGAGAACUCUACUAACCCUCUGGCGCACACGGAGAGGCCUUCGCCCACGACAGCCGAGGUGCGGUGGUCUCCCAGCAGGGAGGAGCAGGCGGCGCUGAGGGCGGAGGGCGUGCAGGGACAGCUGCUGGUGCGCUACGACGUCGACCACGCCGCCAGCCCCAACCAGAUACUCGUGACUGAUGACGGAUACUUCGUGCACUUCUACUCACCACCAGACCUGCCACCGCUGGAAAAGUACAUCGUGUUCGUGCUGGACGUGAGUGGCUCCAUGAGCGGUCACAAGAUAGAGCAGCUGAGGCAGGCCAUGGUCUCCAUCCUUGAUGAGCUGAGUCCAAGCGACAACUUCACUCUCAUCACAUUCUCCUCCGGAUCACGGGUGUGGUGGCCAGAUACAGAGAACAAGACCUAUACAUCCUGGUACGAUCGGGCCAACGGACCAGAAAAUGAUGCUGAUGCUGUCGUGCCGGCAACUGCAGACAAUGUUGCUAGAGCCAAAAAUUUCGUGAGAGGUCUCUAUGCUGGAGGAGGGACCGCGAUGCACGACGCGCUGGAUACAGCACUGCGAGUAUCCAAGGCAGGUGUUUCACGUCCGGAUGCGCCUCUUGUGAUGGUGUUGCUGACGGACGGACUGCCUAAUGGAGGGCCAGAAGCCAUCUUGCAGGACUUCACCGCCACCAAUACGGAGCGGGGAGCAGCACUCUUUACGUUGGCCUUCGGUGAAGAUGCAGACUUUGGAUUUCUCAGGAAGUUGGCGCUGCGCAACGGAGGCUUCGGCAGGCGCAUCUACGAGGCGGCGGACGCCCACCUGCAGCUGCGCAACUUCUACCGGCAGGUCGCGUCGCCACUCCUCUCCAGCGUCAACUUCACAUACGGGGAUGGACAGGUGGAGGAGGAAUCCCUGACACAGACCAGGUUCUCGACUCUGUUCCGCGGCAGUGAGUUGGUGGUGUCUGGCAGGCUGCUGCCUGCAGCAUCACUGGAGGAGCCCAUGGUGGUGGGGGAGGGCCGUCAGCUGUUCAGGUCGCCGGCGAGGCUGGAGAAGGCCUCCUCUGGGGAGCGCCUCUGGGCCUUCCUCACCGUGCGCCAGCUGCUCGACCUGGACGCCGCCACCCCUAACCAGACGCUUAAGGACAGGGCCAAGGACAUCGCUCUGAAGUACUCCUUCGUGACUCCUGUGACGUCACUUGUGGUGGUGAAACCUAAUGACACAUCUGCUGUGGAUCCGGAACGAGCUGGUGGAAACCGUGGAGGCUACUACCCACCUGCAGUGCCGUUCUCAUCUGCGUCAGUACACAUCUCACCUGGAGCAGCGGGCUCACUCGCCGGAGGGUACAUCCCACCAGCAGCACCGGGCUCAUUCGGAGGAGCAUUUGGAGCGCCUUCUGGCUUUCAACACAGCAUCUUUGCAUCAGCGGUACCCAAGCCUUUGGGACCAUCCCCACCUUUCUGCUGCUCUCCUGCUCCAGGCCAACAGCAGGCGCUGCACAUAUCCGAGAUCACUUGGCUUGGCGGUGUCUCUAACUCCUCACACGUCACACUUGAAGUGAAUGGCACGGCAGAAACCUACGAACUGGCCCUGAACAAGACGGAGUCGCAGCUGGAGGAGUGCGCGACCCCUGACGGAGGUCACGGGCAGUGCCGCCACCUGGCCAACUGCGUGCUGCCCAGCUUCACUGACAGCCUGGAUGACUUCCUGCCAUACCUCUGUGUGGUCGACGGCAGUUAUGUCGGAGCUUGCUGUCCGGACAACACGAUUCCUGCCACGCCCCUUGGAUGAGGCACACGAUGAUUGCCGAGACCGUUAUUCUACGCAGAGUUUUGUUCCAGAAAUUGCCUUCCGUAGCUGUGGAGAGAAAAACAGGAAUAUUUGACGUUCAUACAAAGACAAAACCUUGUUGAAUAAUUUGUAAAGUAUUGUUCGCUCAUGAUUAUUAUCCACAGACAUUAAAUAUUGUCACAACA